AUGGAUAUGGAACAUAUGAACAUGACAUCUGUUUUCGGACCCCCACCGCCGGGGGUCGAUCUCACAGAAAACAGAAAUGUACAGGACACUAUUGCUGUGGUGUCUGUAUGUGCGCUUGCGAUAGUAACAAUUAUCUUCCGUCUUAUUGUGAGGGUAUAUGUCCAGGGAGCGAGGCUGGAAGCCGAUGACUGGCUGGUUGGAAUAACUGGCAUUCCAUUGAUUGCAUUACUUGCAUCAUCUAUUCUUGGUGGCCGCUACGGUUUCGGUUUACAUGUCUGGAGUGUAACAAUCCUCUUUGCCUACCUCAUUAUCUAUCUCCUCGAGCUCCUUCUCAUCAAAAUCUCGAUUCUUAUGUUUUACCGUCGAAUCUUCGGCAUGAACUGGAUGAUCUGGGCCACCCUUCUCAUCUCCUGUGGCUGGUGGCUAGGAAGCUUAAUCGCAGCCCUAUGUGCCUGUGAUCCAAUUCCAUUUUUCUGGACCGAAAUCACCAACCAUAAAUCUGGCUCAUACCGAUAUAACUUUUACUACUACUACAUUGGGAAUGCGGCUGCAAAUGUCCUGACGGACAUCCUUAUUCUGCUUGUCCCAAUGCCUAUUAUUUGGAAACUUCAGAUGCGGACAAACCAGAAGAUUGGCGUGUGCGCUGUGCUUCUUCUAGGUGGAUUCGUCUGCAUCGCAAGCGGUAUUCGAAUUCACUACCUAAACUACCUCAACGGCAACGUCGAUCUCACAUGGGCCUUAGGCAGUGUAUCUGUGUGGUCAACCAUCGAGCCGUGCAUCGGUAUUAUCUGUGCCUGUCUCCCCGUCCUACAGCCAUUCGUCCGCUCACUGUUCAAGAAAAUGCCGAAUUUACCGGGCACCCGUCAUAUCGGUGGGACGCGAGGACUGUCUAGUUUCGUACACAGAAUAUCUCUCCACGAACGCAAAGAAGGAAAAUAUGACGUGCAAUGCACAGCAAGAACAAGUCCAACGCCCUUUGGGCACUCAAAUGAAGAUUUUGACCCUCUUACUACGGUCAUGACUCAGGUGGGGACAGAUUCAAAAGAGAGGUUUAGUGGUGGGGAGGAGAAUCUGGAUCCCAUGGCUAUUCGUGUUAAACGAGUUGUGCAUUGGAGUAUCGAUUAG